UGAAACUCUUCUGAUUAAAUUAUAUAUGAUUGUGUUUCGGUAGUGACAAAUUCGGGGAGAGGAAAAAUAUUCCAAAACUCUGAAAAUAAAUCCAGUUAAGUUAUUAUGUAUAUAAAUUUAAAGAAAUUAACAAGCAGUUUAGAUCUUUAGAUCAAAGAGAAACAAAUCCAGUCAAAUGUAUUCAAAUUUAUCACCGGUAGCGCGCGCGCGCGCACUGACAAGAUUCAUUCACAGAAUGUCGCGGAAUUAUUUGAGUUUUGCUCUGAAUAUAAUUCACAGUAUUUCUGUGGUGUUUGUUUAUGAUAAUGAUUUUAGUGUAGAGGCGCGUGACAGUCACAUGCUUCGUCACACCGUGUGUGUGUGUGUGUGUGUGUGUGUGUGUGUGUGUGUGUGUGUGUGUUGGUUUAGGGAAAAUCUGGAUACAGGUGUUUCCUGAAAACACACACACUUACAUAAUCUCAGCACAGUGAUCACUGUUUCCACUGCAGGUACAGAUGAACAAUAAAUGAAUAUGAAUGUAUUUGUGUUUAAUUUAUAUCACUUUUACUGUAGAAUGUGAUUUUUUUUUUUUUUUUUUGGCCGAUAGACAGUUUUUUUUUUUAUUCCUACAUGUUUAUCAUGAAAAAAAUAAGCUUUAUGAAAUUAAAUAGCUGGAAAUCAAAUCAUAUUUGAUUACGCGUAUGAUUAAUUUGAAACGUGAAAUAACGUAAACGUUCCAUCAUAUUUAUUCAAUGAAAUAAACGUUCACAGCAGCACGUGACCGCACGAGGGUCUACCGGACACUCUCCGGUUACCGUCAGCAGCGCGUGACCGGUGACAGCGGCAGGACGCGCGUGCGCGUGCUGGAAUAUUCGGUACCGUUAUUUCCCCAUCAUCACCCUUACCGAACGGAACACACCCGGUACGAGCGGCGGAAUCCUGAUCAAUCCACGCGCGAUGAGCGGCGGCGUGUACGGCGGAGAUGAAGUGGGAGCUUUAGUGUUCGACAUCGGCUCGUUCUCCACUAGAGCGGGAUACGCUGGAGAGGACUGUCCCAAGGCAGAUUUCCCCACCACUAUAGGAGUGCACACUGAGGAGGAGGGGCAAGCUGACAUGGGGGCGGAGCAAGAGAUCAGCAGUGGGCGGAGUUACUACAUCGACACCACAGCUCUGCAUGUGCCGCGGGCCGGAGUGGAGCUCAUCUCUCCGCUCAAGAACGGCAUGAUUGAGGACUGGAACGCUUUUCAAGCCAUAAUCGACCACAUCUACAGCAAACACAUCAAAUCUGAGCCCGCUUUACACCCUGUUCUGAUGUCCGAAGCUCCCUGGAACUCACGGGCCAAGCGGGAAAAACUCACUGAACUCAUAUUCGAGCAUUACAACAUUCCCGCCUUCUUCCUGUGCAAGACCGCCGUGCUCACCGCCUUCGCCAACGGUCGAGCCACCGGCCUCGUGCUGGACAGCGGAGCGACGCACACCACCGCCAUCCCGGUGCAUGAUGGGUACGUCCUGCAGCAAGGGAUCGUGAAGUCUCCUCUGGCCGGUGACUUCAUUACCAUGCAGUGCCGUGAGCUGUUCCAGGAGAUGAACAUCGACACGGUUCCUCCGUACAUGAUCGCAUCAAAGGAGCCCGUGAGGGAAGGAGCUCCGCCGCUCUGGACCAAGAAAGACAAACUCCCUCCGGUCACCAAGUCCUGGCACACGUACAUGUGUAACGAGGUGAUUCAGGAUUUCCAGGCGUCUGUGCUGCAGGUGUCGGACUCUCCGUAUGAUGAGCAGGUGGCCGCACAGAUGCCGACGCUGCAUUACGAGAUGCCGAGCGGCUACAGCACAGAUUACGGAGCCGAGAGGUUACGGAUCCCAGAGGGCCUGUUUGAUCCCUCCAACGUGAAGGGUCUGUCUGGAAACACCAUGCUGGGCGUCGGACACGUCGUCACCACCAGCAUCGGCAUGUGCGACAUCGACAUCAGGCCGGGUCUGUACGGCAGCGUGAUCGUGACGGGAGGAAACACGCUCCUGCAGGGCUUCACCGAGAGACUCAACAGAGAACUGUCUCAGAAAGCGCCGCCGAGCAUGAGACUGAAGCUCAUGGCCUGUAACAGCUCCAUCGAGAGGAGGUUCAGCUCCUGGAUCGGAGGAUCCAUUCUGGCGUCGCUGGGAACCUUCCAGCAGAUGUGGAUCUCAAAGCAGGAGUAUGAUGAGGGAGGAAAACAGAGCGUGGAGAGAAAAUGCCCCUGAAACACACACACACACACACACACACACACACACAAACAAACAAAUAAACAAACAAACACACUUAAUCUGACACACACACUCAA